CGUUGGACUGGUCACGACGGCCCCUGAUCAUGGUUCUAUACCAUCAAGCCCUGUUUGAUGAAGAGUGCUAGGAACAGCUAGAUUUGUGAUGGUGGUGGUCAAUCCAGGAUUUCAUUUCCCAUUCAUCCUUCUCUUUCUUGUCAUAUCUUCCCCCGUGGUUGUGUCCUUGUCUCCUUGUUUUGUGGCAGUUCUCGGUUGCCACCGCGAAUUAUCACAGCCUAAUUUCAGUUUUGCUGUGACAUAGAGAUCAUGUCCCGAUAUUGAUCAACGUCGAUCAGUUCA